AUGAAGUUAUCUACACUUACAACAGUUGCAUUGGCAGCUUCGUUAGGCUCUACCAAUGCGUUGACAAUUAACAACCCAUUCAAGAAUAUCCAACAACCAUUAAACUUUGAUUUCGACUAUGACAGAAUCACCGAGAAAUUGGGUGGAUACUUGUUUAGUGAGGAGAAAACCAAUGAAUUCUUCAACAAGGUUUCCCAAGUAUUCAAUGAGCCCUUGGACACUCUUACCCAGGAGACCAAGCAAAUUUGGAAGGAUAUGAUUUUGAACUCCAAAAAGUUUGGUGACUUGAAAUUUAGUAUUCCAGGAAAACCAAAUGUUGUUAAGCAAAACUUUGAUUUCCAUGUUAAUGAUGCCAAGUUGCCCAACCACGGCUUGAGAGUCAAGUCAACUCCCGAGUCGCUUGGUGUUGACUCUGUCAAGCAAUACUCUGGAUACUUGGAUGUCGAUGACGAAGAUAAGCACUUUUUCUUUUGGGCUUUUGAAAGUAGAAACGACCCCAAAACAGACCCAGUUAUUUUGUGGUUGAAUGGUGGUCCAGGUUGCUCCUCUGCCACUGGUCUUUUCUUUGAAUUGGGUCCAUCUUCAAUUGAUAAAUCAUUGCAGCCAGUGUACAACCCACACAGCUGGAACAAUAACGCAACAGUUAUCUUUUUGGACCAACCAGUCAAUGUAGGCUACUCAUACUCAUCGAGCUCGGUCUCAAAUACUGUUGCUGCCGGUAAGGAUGUGUAUGCAUUUUUGGAGUUGUUCUUUAAGCAAUUCCCAGAGUAUGCCAAAUUGGACUUUCAUAUUGCUGGUGAAUCUUAUGCUGGCCACUAUAUCCCUGUUUUUGCUAGUGAAAUAUUAUCACACCCUGAACGUUCAUUCAACUUGACCUCAGUAUUGAUUGGUAAUGGUUUAACCGACCCAUUGGUGCAAUACGAGUACUAUGAGCCAAUGGCUUGUGGCCAAGGUGGCGAGCCAAGUGUCUUGGACGAAGAAGAGUGUCAAUCAAUGAGCGACGCAAUCCCAAGAUGUCUCUCUUUGAUCAACUCGUGUUAUGAGUCUGAGUCGGUUUGGUCGUGUGUCCCAGCAACCAUCUACUGUAACAAUGCAGAAAUGGGUCCAUACCAAAGAUCAGGCAGAAAUGUUUAUGAUAUCAGAACCAUGUGUGAAGGCGGUACUUUAUGCUACAAUGACUUGGAGUACAUUGACUCCUUUAUGAACAAGCCAGAGGUUAUGAAAGCUUUGGGUGCUGAAGUAUCCAAUUUUGAGUCUUGUAACUUUGACGUUAACAGAAACUUUAUGUUUGCUGGAGACUGGAUGAAACCAUACCACAAGAAUGUUAUUGACUUGUUGCAACAAGACUUGCCAGUCUUGAUUUAUGCAGGUGACAAGGACUUUAUCUGUAAUUGGUUAGGUAACGAGGCAUGGACCAACAAAUUAGAAUGGUCUGGCUCCAAAGGAUUCAGUAAGGCGCCAGUUAGAAAAUGGAAAGUUGAUGGCAAGCACGCCGGUGAUGUUAAAAACUAUGAGAACUUUACAUUUUUGAGAGUCUUUGGCGGUGGCCAUAUGGUUCCAUAUGACCAACCUGUUAGUGCCUUGGAUAUGGUCAAUAGAUGGGUUGCUGGUGACUACAAGUUUUAA